AUGUGGCUGGAAGAAAGCAUUAUUGAACAGGUCCCUAUGUCAGAGAAUGUUAAGUCAGCACAUUAUUUGCCACACCGACCAGUCAUUAAGAAUAGUGCGACCACUAAAAUUAGACCUGUUUUUGAUGCAUCAUCACGAGAGAAAAAUCAGCCUUCCCUGAAUCACUGUCUAGAAAAGGGUCUAAACUUGAUAGAAUUGAUUCCUUCCAUUCUGCUGAGGUUUCGGGAGCAAAAAAUUGGGAUUAUUUCCGACAUUAGAAAGGCUUUCUUGCAAAUUGGAGUACACAGAGAUGAUAGAGAUUUUUUGAGGUUUUUGUGGUAUGACGACUCUGGCAAGAUAAUUAUGUAUCGUCACAGACGAGUGGUAUUUGGUGUUUGUAGUAGUCCAUUCCUACUUGGCGCUACCAUUGACUUUCAUCUUUCUGAGAGCUUGAGGAAAUGCGACACCCCAGGGAUUCUUUAUGGCCGACAGACGAUUGAAAAACUCAUGAAGAGUCUGUACGUGGACAAUUGUUUCACUAGUGUGAACAAUGAAGCCGAACUCGAGCAAUUCGUCAGGGAGUCCAAUUUUCUGAUGCAGGAUGCGAAGUUCGAUUUGAGAGGGUGGGGUUUACUCACCCAUCUACAUCCUCUACUCUUUUACCUGUACUUGGUUUAUAUUGGAAUCCGCAAGAAGAUGUCCUUAUGA